GUUUCUUGUAUGGACAACGCCAAUGUCGCUUUGACGUGUCAUUUACAAUACAUUAUAUUAUUCAUUUUAUAAUUAGUGGAUAGGGCAAUCGAAAAGAGGUGCAGAAAAUCUGAAUUGCAACUAAAUUAUAUUUAUAGUUGAUUGAAUUAAUCACUACACUUCGCAUACAAAAUUGAAUAUACGAACAAUCAAUAAACAAAAAUUGAAUAAAACUCUCCAGUGGAAAAAAAGGCAAAAGACAAAAGAUGUCGACUAGUGGUGAUUUCGGUAAUCCAUUGCGGAAAUUUAAAUUGGUAUUUUUGGGUGAACAAAGUGUAGGCAAAACAUCCCUGAUUACCCGCUUCAUGUAUGACAGUUUUGACAAUACAUACCAAGCGACAAUAGGCAUUGAUUUUCUAUCUAAAACCAUGUACUUAGAAGACCGCACAGUGCGUCUGCAAUUAUGGGAUACGGCGGGUCAAGAACGUUUCCGAUCAUUGAUCCCUUCCUAUAUUCGUGAUUCAACUGUAGCUGUCGUUGUGUACGAUAUAACAAAUGCCAAUUCAUUCCAUCAAACUUCGAAGUGGAUAGAUGAUGUGCGAACUGAACGAGGAAGUGAUGUGAUCAUAAUGCUGGUUGGAAAUAAAACGGACUUGUCUGAUAAACGUCAAGUAUCAACUGAGGAAGGUGAACGUAAAGCAAAAGAAUUGAAUGUAAUGUUUAUUGAAACCAGUGCGAAGUCUGGUUACAAUGUAAAGCAAUUAUUUAGAAGAGUUGCGGCCGCUUUGCCGGGUAUGGAUUCAACAGAGAAUAAAUCACCUGAAGAUAUGCAAGAGGUUGUGCUAAAAGAUUCACCAAACGAAAUUAAAGACGCUGAAAGUCGUUGUAAUUGCUUGAAUAUGUAGAAAAGAACAAUUGUAGGCAAAUGAAAUGAGGAGAAACUUUUAUUACCGUAUUUAUGUUAGAUCACUUGAACCAAAAGAUCUGUUACAUGAUCGUUUCGAGAAAAAAUCGAAAAACGAGCCUAUUUUCAGUGAUUUUGAUGGUAUAGAACAGACCGAAAGAAAAAUAAUAAAUAAUAAUAGUAAUUAUAAUGAAUUAAUUGAAACACUAUAAAUUAAACUUAAAUUAACAACAUGCAUUAAUGAAACUCAUAUAUAUAUAUAUAUAUGAAACUUUUAUAUAUUUGUAUAUUCUGAAGUGUCGAAACUUAGUUCUCACCUAUUUGCAGAAUUAUUCAUUUAACUCACAUAAUUUUUGUAAACGAAAUAUGAGUUGCACAUUCGCAUAUUCGACUAUUAACGAUAAAGUAAACAAGUUAUGAAUCUUCUAACAUACAGUGUUUCAAAACAAGAUCACUGCCCUUUUUUAAAUUUUUAAAUACAAAACCAAAAUUCGAAAAUUCGGUUUUCGUUGUUUAGCUUGAACGAUUACAAUUUUUUAAAAUCACUUUUGAAAUAUGGUAAAAGAAUCUAAGAAUAUUUUCAUCAUAUCUAGAGGGUCUAGCCAACUUCAUCCCGAAAACACGUCAAUCAAAUCAAAUAAAUUCCGCGAUAUAUGAUAAUUCUAUAAUUAAUGCAUGCAUUCAAUAUGUAUUUCAAAAGUGAUUGAAUUAAGUUGUAAUGUAUCUAAACAUAAGUUUUAAACGAGAAAAAAAAUAUCCAGCAAUACGGAAGCCUGUAUGCUGGGGCACAUUGAUAAAAAUCAUUGAAAAAGUAAAACCGGCUCACCAAGAUUUAAUCAUCUGCACCAUCCCAUUUUCUAUAUCUAGUGAUCUUAUUUUGUAUUGAGGCCUGUUUUAUGAAAUCUAAUAUCGGAUAAAAAACGAGUAUGUUGGAAUAUUAGUGGCGAUUGUGCUUCUUUAAACUGCAUUUUUUUCAGAACCACAACACAGUAAAGAAAAUAAAAACAAGAAGAACAUUUCUAGUUUCAUAUUCAUUUCGAAAAAAAAAGAAAUAUUCUGGAAAAACUAUAUUGUGAAUUUAAAAACUGAGAUUCUGAGUAACAAAAAAUCGUUUACAACUAAAAAUCACCGGUCUAGUCCACAUUGCUUGAACUACACGAAAACGUUUAAACUAGUGGAAAAACAGCGUUUU